AUGCACAUAGCGUUGCAGACGCCUCGAAUCCUCGUUUCUAUCUUCAAAAUGAGAUACGAGGGCCGUCUGAAAAAGAUAUUCCCCGUUGAUUCGUCCAACGAGCUGGACUCUGAAAUGAGGGAUAUCCAGCCAGAAAUGAACCCAGCAGGUGACAUUGAAAUGACCAUGGCCAAUAAUCCGGAGGCACCGCUAGAGUUUGAUCCCACAUUCUUUGACCAGUCCAUGCUCUCCACCAUAAAUUGGCUUCCUGGCGGGUUGCUCUCUGGCACUCCUAAUGGCCACGCGCAGUCUAGCGGUAUUUCCUCGCAAUACAACCAAUCUCUCAGCCCAAGUGCCUACUUCUCCCGGACGGCGUGGCAACCACCGGUUAUCAAUGCUGGGCAAACCAGUUCUUUGCAACCAGAGAGGGUCUCCCAGACACCCUCCGUACAUGUUUCUGUAGGAAACCACAUGGGAAGCCCUAAUCAAUAUUCCCACGGUAUCAGCGAGCCUUCUCCUCAUACCGAAUCAGUGCAUUCUGCCAAGGGAUCAGCAGACUACUAUAUCGAUGGUGCGCCAUCCAGACUCCCAAAGUACGGAAAGAUACACACCCCUUGGUCCAGCGAAUCGGUAGAGCCGGUCGAUAUUAGCAGGCAGCUGCUCAUUGAAGAUGGCGAGCACCGGUUCGACUUCCCUAUCAUCUCCGAAGUGCGAACAGAUCAGAUAUCGGAAGAUAUAGCCCGGUUCGCACGACGGAUUGAGACAUCCACCCACGAUGAGAUUUACCGGCAUUUCCUCAAACUAUGCUGCAAUGAAACUCCAUUUUUUGAGGUGUUCGAAACGGAGAGAUUUCCCACCGCGGAUGAAUGCAACCAGUUUAUCUUCUUCUUCUUUGAUUCAUUUCAGGCCGUUUACCCGAUAUUGCAUCUUCAUAAAUUUGAUCCGAACACAAGCCAUUGGCUCUUGACUUUGUCAAUAAUUGCACUCGGCUGCCACAUGUCCCACAUUUCGGAGAUAGAACAGUGUACAACUGCUUUCCACGAGCUGAUUCGGAGGGGUAUCUAUCUUGAGAAAGAAAGGAGCCGCCCUGGUGAGGCUUCUCUUGAGAUAUUGCAAGCUAUGUUGUUCAAUUGUAUUGGGCUUCUCCAUAGUAGGAGCGAGCGAGAAAAGGCCUCGGCCUUAAGCACCUUUGGUGACUUGGUGACACUCAUGAAAACUUCCAGGUUAUUGACACCGGUGCGAACAAAAUUCAAUGAGGCGUCACAAGACGCAGCUUGGACAUCUUGGAUUCAAGAUGAGGUCAGGAGACGCACCGGCUAUUGUAUAUGGCUCGUGGAUUGUACUCUUGCAUAUUACUUUGAUGAUCGACCUUUGUUGUCUCUAGAUGACGGACAAGCUGCAUUGCCCGCACAUGAGAAGCUAUGGCAAGCAUCCUCCGCAGAGACAUGGAAGCCACUGUGCGCGACGUCAUUUACCAACGAAUCCUUAUACGACGCAGUCCACAUCCUCUACAUUGAGAAGAGAGUAGUAUCCGGGAUAGGAGAAUUCAGUCACAUUCUACUCAUCCACGCUCUCUACCACCGAAUGUGGGAAGUGGGUGACUACUUCCGCCGCCCACUAUCCUUCUGGAACCCGACAGCGAAGAAGCAAUCGUGCGAGACCGCCAUUCCCACAGGCUCAGUCUGGCUCCCAGGAAUCCCCUCGUACUCAAAAUGGCGCAACAGCGCCUGCGACUGCCUAGACAUCCUCCACUGGACUGCCAACAGCACCGUAGCCAAAGCCGCAGGUCUCGAGCACCCAACCAUCCUUCACCUCCACACCGCCCGACUAUUCCUCCUCGCUCCGUUCCGCGAAAUGCGCUCCCUCGCGACCUCCCUAGCAACAGAAAAGCAACGCUGGGGCAAACGACACCAGAGCCUUGAGUGGCAGUACAUCUGGCGCUGGAUGAAACACGACCAAUACAAAGCCCGGCUAUCAAUCAUUCACGCCGGUGUCACCCUCUGGCAUAUCCGCCGCUACUCGACGAACGCAUUCCACGAGCCUGUCGCAGCAUUCAUCGCUGUUCUGACGCUGUGGGCGUAUGGAUCAUGUCACCCGCAUACGUCCCAUGAGUCCAGUCCGCGAGCAGGGCAGCUUCAUGAACCGAGUUUUAUUCAUCUUGAUCGGCCGUGCGAUGAUGAGCUUGUGCAGCUUUUUGUAAGGGAGGGUCAUGCUAUGAGAGGGAACGUUACUGGUGUUGGUGAUAUAUGUGGGCCUGAGGGUCCGGAAAGGGUCCUGCGGGUUGGAUGUGAGAUUCUUUCGGGCUUGACGGCUUGGAGUAUUUCGAAGAAGUUCGUGGCUAUCUUGACACGGCUUGCGGAUUUGAGCUCGUAUCAUUCCUCUUGGGAACAGAACCGUCGGCAUGAUACUGAGCAUGUCUGA